GUGUCAACGCAAGCUGGGGAAGAGGAACAAGCCGGGCGUGGAGACGGCCGACACUCCAGACUCAUCGCGCGGGCGAGGGGAGAAGAAAGCCAUCAAUGAUCUAGACAGAGACUUUUGGAAUAACAAUGACAGCAGCACAGUGCAGCAGAGGUGGAGCUCCUAUCCGCCCAAGGAGUUCGUACUAAACAUUUCUCCCUAUGCCCCAUAUGGAGAUCCUCGCCUCACACUCAAGUGAGUCUUGGUCCAAGGCUGGUAAGAGACCUCCCCCUGAGCAGGGCUGUAACGAGGCAGGGGCACCGUCACCCCCUUCUUCCUCCUCCUCUUUCUCUCGCUCGCCUCCUUCCUUCCAUUUGCCUCCCUGCCUGACUCCCUCCCCGCUCCAUCCCUCCUAUUGCAGCCAGCGCCAUCAAAUUGAACCAUUGAAUGCUUUCGCCAGGCCGCUUAUUAAAUCCACCUAGUUUCGUAAUCUCGAUUAUUUCCUCCUCUGCUAAUUCUCGUCUUGAGGAGCUGCAGGCCUUUUGGCAGCGCUCGUUCCCUAAAUGUCACAGUGUGACAAAACGUACACAAACUGCACAUUUCUGGACCUAUUAUAGAUGCAUAAUGCAUUUACAUCAACAAUAGUAAUAACGGCAAUAAUAACAAGCCACCCAUCGUUAGCACACUGGAGGGCAUCAAUGGUUACUAAUGAUUAGUCAUAAUUUGCUGUUGGAAAUGUCACACACGCGCAUCGCAGCCCCGGCUCUGCAGCCGCUUGGUUAUUACUGUAAUGGCAACGCUGCACAGCCCUGAACCCCCCCAGGCUCAUAACCGAUGCAGCCUCCUAAUGAACACGCAGGCACCUGGUCAGACACCCCCCCCACUCCCUACAGCCCUGCAGUCCCACUAACUCUUGACCUCUAACCUUUCACCUCUCUCCCAUGGGGUGUUACCAUGGAGACGGACAACCCUCGCGUAGCCCCCCCCCCCUCUCCGAAAGCAGCGUGCACACUAACCCGCCUUCUGUGUGUGUGUGUGUGUGUGUGUGUGUGUGUGUGUGUGUGUGUGCGUGUGUGCGUCGUCAGAGGGUUGACCGUUACACCAGGUUUGCAGUGUGGUGCCAGUGUUCGCGUGUGCUUUACAUCCAUCUGUGGCUUUUUCCUGGAUCCCCAUCCGACUAAUACCUAACACUAACACUCUGCGUCCACUGUCUGUCCCAUUGGCAGAUGAGGUAACGGUGUUUUUUCACUCACUGGGCACUUGAGUGUAAUAAGGCACCGGCGCGGCCAUGCCUGUCUCCCUCCAGGCACCGAGGGGCUCUGGGCUCAGGCAUUCUGCCACCACGCACCCGCCUGAUAAACUGCCUAAUAACGGCUCGUCCUUAGCCAUUGAGGACUGGGUGUUAAAUCGCCUGGAGAGAGGAGGCUGCAGUGGCCUCAUGGACGCGGUGGAUAUAUGGAUUACUGUCUGAAAACCCUGCAGAUGAUGGCUGCCGAUCACGGGGAAACCACCUUUAGUGCCUUGUCUGGAGAAGUUCAUUUUUUAACGGAAGCCUGAAGCUCGUCAUUCAGUGGCCGUGAAGCUGUUUUUCAGCAGGUCACAUUUCUCUCCUGUGCUGCGCCCGAGGAACUGUUUUCUGAGUAGUGCACUGGCAAAAGUAUCAGCAUUCAAUUAUGUGAAGGUACUAUGAGCAUACGCUUAACUAGGAGAGACGGGCGACUCCCUCCUGACUCCAAGCAGGCAGCUGGGAAAUCAUUUCCCGGGUGAGAUUUUCCGCGAUCUGCAGCUUUCAGCCCGUGACGACGCUGGGCCUCAUUUAUCGAAGGUUAUCUUCCUGCCCCGUCGGUCUCAUUCAGCCACUGCUUUAUUUAGCAUGUGCUACACACCUCAUGCCAGCAGUUAUGGCACAAUUUGCACUCACCCGUCGUCCCGGGUGGAUCACGUGCGCCGUAAAGACCGCUUGUAGCUCACGUCUCCUGUCACUCGGUUCACUCAGAACCAGUAUCGAUACUCGUACAUCCCCUCCCGUGAUUGAUGGACUCAUUUAUUCAUAUGUUCCUACUUCUAAUAAAGAGUAAAGACUUUGACCUUGCGGCUGGCGCGAUAAAUGAGGCCCGUGUCUCCUGUGUUGACCGUAGCUCCAGCAGUGCCGUCCGUGCUAUUGUGAUUGAUGGCGCGUCCACAUGCGCUGUCAGGUCAAUUGGUCAGAAUUAAACAUGAAAGGUGACCUUGGAAGGGGACAAGUGUAGCACAUCCAAGCCCACACUUACAAAGCAGGUGAUUAUGUCUUAUGUGUCUCAUAAUUCCAGUCUCCUGGAGCAGGGGAGCCAUGCAUAUUAAUGAAAUGUAGUCAUGUCACCAGAGGGCACUACUGUGCUUUAUUUUUGAUCAUCACUGCCGAAUAGAUGUGACAUUUUACACUUAAACCAGAUUUGCGAUGAAAUCUGAGGUGACAACUGCUCUUAAGUCAUUACUGAGGAUGAUUUGUGUGUUGGAGGGCUUCCUCUAAUUAGACCGCCCUCGUUAUCUCCACCGCUGUUUCCACGGCCUUUCACCACUUCCUGUGCUCCCGUGUUAAGUGGUGAUCCAGUGACAGGAAGGUCGAAGUUACACAGUGGGCUCUAAAAAUAGAUCGGGUAAUCGAUGUUUUACAGGAACAUUUAUUUAAUCAAAUGUCACUUUGGAUGAGUCCCAAACGAGCAGGAGGGGCUUCAUCACGAGUCAUCCUCCCAUCGCUGGCUGGUUCUGGUUCUGCACCCUCCACGGCCUCUGUGUGAAUUCUUCUCCUCCUCCUCUUCCUCCCUGCUUCCCUCUGCUACACUCCCCCCUCUGUCUCCACACCGGGCUCAAGACCUUUUCAUCUACCUACCUCUCACUUGGCCUGGAAAGCUCGACCCGCCCCCCCCCCCACAUGCUCUACUGACCUGUCUCACCUCCUUAGCCGUGUGGUUGCUCUAUUUUGUUCGCGUGCGCUCCUGUCUCACACUCUCUGGUCUCUCUCUCCUCUGCCUGUUGUUGCUCCCCCUCCUCUGCCCCCCCCUCUCUGCCGUGGGACCUCCGCACCCCGUCUCUCUCUCUCUCCCUCUCAGUGGGGCGGUGUCAGGGGGUCAGAAGGGGGCAGCAACUGGGCAUGGGGAUGAUGGGGGGGGUCCUUAUCGCAGUGACAGCGUGAAGAGCAUGGUGACAGAGGGAGUGAAGGCCGGUGCGUGGCAGACGGUCCAGGGCCACAUGCAGUCCGGAGGAUUGAGAACCAGCAACUUUGGGGAUCCCGUCCUAUCCUAUGCAUCCACUCUGGAGCACGUCUCCUCGGGGCCCACCCGGCCUCGGACGCUUUUGCGCCAGCAGAGCCUCCAGCAGCCUCUCAUCCACCCGUCGGGCUCGGGUCUCAGCCACCCGCCGUCCACGUCUCAGAGCUUGGGACAGUUGCACACGGCACCUGGACAGCCUGGGGGAGGCGGGGGCGCUGGGAGAGGACAGGGAGGCGGCAGCGGUGGUGAGGGGGGCGGUGCGGGGACGCGAGGCGGCUCCCGGAUGGCGCGGGGCGGCGCGGCCGGAGCCUCGCGCUGCAGAGGAGGUGGAGCGGGGGUGCGGUCCCGUGCCAACCCUGGCAGCUGGGAUUACAUGAUGGACCAGAUGAAGAACCGAGGCCUGGACGUCAAGUCCUUCCUUGAAGGGAAGAUGGUGGUCCUGGCUCUGGCCAUUGGUGUGGCCGAGCAAGAUGACUUUGCCAAUAUCCCUGACCUGCAGGAAACAGCACAGGCAGCGCCGCCACCCAAUCAGGAGCCCCCUCCUGAGAAGAGGGGCAACAAGCCAGCUAACAGCCCCAAGGGCCAGCCCCCCGAUGCUGACGGCCACUCCUCCGUAACGGAUCUGGCCAACUCUCUCACCGGAGACAUGGUCAUGCUGUCUCCGGGCUCAGAGGACGACGACGGCGAGGGGCCCGUCAGCGAGAAGCUCGGCCGGAUCCAGUUCAGCAUCGGCUACAGCUUCCAGAACACCACCCUCACCGUCAAGGUCCUCAGGGGUCAGGACCUCCCGGCCAAGGACUUCUCCGGCACCUCCGACCCCUUCGUCAAAAUCUACCUGCUGCCCGACAAAAAGCACAAACUGGAGACCAAGGUCAAGAGGAAGAACCUCAACCCCCACUGGAACGAGACAUUCCUGUUUGAGGGCUUCCCCUACGAGAAAGUGCGAGAGCGCACGCUUUACCUUCAGGUGCUGGACUACGACCGCUUCAGCAGGAACGACCCCAUUGGAGAAGUGUCCAUCCCGCUGAACAAGGUGGAACUGGGCCAGAUAAAGACCUUCUGGAAGGAGCUCAAGCCAUGCAGUGAUGGCAGUGGACGACGAGGAGAUCUGCUGGUGUCCCUCUGCUAUAAUCCCACUGCCAACACCAUCACUGUGAACAUCAUCAAAGCUCGCCAUCUCAAAGCCAUGGACAUCGGGGGCACCUCAGACCCCUACGUGAAGGUGUGGCUGAUGCACAAGGACAAGCGCGUGGAGAAGAAGAAGACGGUGGUCAUGAAGCGCUGCCUGAACCCCGUCUUCAACGAGUCCUUCCCCUUCGACGUGCCCGCCCACGUGCUGCGGGAGACCACCAUCAUCAUCACCGUCAUGGACAAGGACCGGCUCAGCCGCAACGACGUCAUCGGCAAGAUCUACCUGUCGUGGAAGAGCGGACCGGCGGAGGUGAAGCACUGGAAGGACAUGCUCGCCCGGCCGCGCACCAACGUGGCCCAGUGGCACGCCCUCAAGGCCUGAUCGCACCGCCCAGCUCUCCUCCGUGACCCCCCCUCCCCCCUCCUCCCACUCCCGUCCUUAUGCACAAGACUGACUUGCUGCCAGGCUGCGAAACACGGGUACAAUUAGCCAUCUGCUCUCGUAAACCUUUAAACUCUCCCCCGUUUCUCCUUCUCCGGUCCUCUCCCACUCGCCCCCCUCCCUCUCAUCCAGCCGUGUCUUAACCUCCACGUCGCCCUCCGUUCCGUCCGUCCGUCCGUCCGUCCGCCUGUCUGUCCUUAUGC